AUGGCUCGCUACUCUCACUACUUGCUAGCGUUGCUCUCCGCAUUUGUCGCAACUCUCUUUUGGCUAUCAUGGGGCUUGAAAGAUUCAGUCCCAUCUCUAGCACUCACAGUAGGAUCAAAUUGCAUCCUGAAUGAAAACGCCACACCUACCACCACACCAUAUGCCUCCGAGACUCCCAGUGCUCCGGUCAGCUCGCCCACCAGCUCACCCGACGAUAUCGAUGAAGCCUACGCCGGAUCUGCGGCGUACAAACUCCCCGCCAUCAAGAGCAAACAACACCUCGCGGCAGCCGCUUUCCCCGCCAAGUUGUGGCAAAAGUCCGGUACCCACGGAAUCGACGAGUCCCGCCGCGAAGACAUGCGAUCAUGGCAAAUUCAGUCGCCCAACCUCCGACACGAGAUUCUCACCGAUGGCAGUGUCCCGAUCCUCAAAGCCGAUCUCCUCCGCCAAUUCAUUCUCUACAACGACGGUGGAAUCUGGAGCGACCUCGACGUCACAUGCCACGUACCUAUCGACAAAUGGAUCCCGGAACAGUACAAGGCUAGAACGAACGUCGUAGUCGGACUUGAGUUCGACGGAGCCCAGUUCGCUAGCUGGACGGUCAUGGCUAAGCCCAGAACCAGCCACAUCGCAUCUGUUCUUCGGUAUAUCAUCCUCGCGCUUGAACAGUCUGCACUGGAUUACAAUACGACUAUUUCUGGUCUGACGAUGCAGACCAUUAGUGAUGUGGUUGACGUUACAGGCCCUCAGGCGAUGACUCGGGGCAUCAUUCAGAGCCUGGAGAAGGAGCUUGGUCUUCCGGUCGGAAGGCCCAAUAUCUCGGAACUUUAUGAGCCAGUCCUCCUGGGAGAUGUCCUUGUGUUGCCUAAUGCGGCGUUUGCUGCUAUGCAAGGUGGCUGGCCGACUGAUCGAGGUCCGUACCUUGUUGAACAUCACUACGCUGGCUCGUGGAAGAAUGACAAGGGGGGCGAAAGCAAGGUUGAGGAUAAGACGCCGGAGCUUCAGGCGCCCGAGGUUCAGGGCUCAGCAAUUCAAGCCCCAGAGACUCAGACCCCGGAGAUUCCCACCUCGGAAAUCCCCACUUCGGAUUUUCCAACCUUAAAGGCACACAACUCAGAUAUUAACCCAGAGACGGACAAGGGGGUGGAGUUGGCAUAA